AUUUACAAUGUUUAGAAUUACGACAAAAAAUAGUUAUAAAUUAAAAAGGUUUUUAAAUUUUACAUCAGAAAUACAAAAAAAUCAUCACUUAAAAGAAUUAGCUUUAGAUUUUCAUUCUUGUUUUGAAACUUUACUUAAAAAAUAUAAUUUUUCUAAUACAAAAUUGAAUAAUUUUGAGUUAGAUAUUUCUGAAAAACCUGUUGAAUUUAAGUUUACUGAAUCUAAUCCAUCACUUAAUUAUCUUGAUUCUACUAUUUAUGCAUAUGAUAAAGGAUUAAUUUCAAGAGAAAGUUAUAGAAAUUUAGUAGCUAUUCAACCUUUACUAGAAAGAGAGCAUACUAUUGCUAUAUGGCAAAAAGAAAUUAAUAAAAUUAUGGAAGAAAUAAUUUCAAUCAAAGAAUUUAAUAUCAAAUUUACUUCAAUUAUAAAUAAUUAUGAAGAAAUUUUAAUUAAUGAAGCUCAAAUUGGAAAUA